GGAGGCGGUGGGGCGAUCGGCGCCUGCGCGGCCCUUUAAGGGAGGCCCCGCCCCGCCGCCCGGCCCGCCCCGCCCCGCCGCCCGGCCCGCCCCGCCGCCGCCAUGAUCUGCCUGGUGCUGACCAUCUUCGCCAACCUCUUCCCCGCCGCCCCGGGUGCCGCGCAGGAGCGCACGUUCCUGGCCGUGAAGCCCGACGGCGUGCAGCGGCGGCUGGUGGGCGAGGUCGUGCGCCGCUUCGAGAGGAAGGGUUUCAAGCUGGUGGCCCUGAAGCUGGUGCAGGCCUCGGAGGAGCUGCUGCGGGAGCACUACGCGGAGCUGCGCGGGCGCCCUUUCUUCGGCCGCCUGAUCGAGUACAUGCGCUCUGGCCCCGUGGUGGCCAUGGUGAGUCUGGGCGGGCGAGGGGCGGGAGCCCUGGGCCUCCCCGCGCUGACCCGCGCGCCUGCAGGUGUGGCAGGGGCUGGAUGUCGUGCGCGCCUCGAGGAUGCUCAUUGGGGCCACCGACCCGGCGGACGCCUCCCCUGGCACCAUCCGCGGGGACUUCUGCGUGGAGGUCGGCAAGAAUGUGAUCCACGGCAGCGACUCGCUGGAGAGUGCCCGCCAGGAGAUUGCGUUGUGGUUCCGCGCAGACGAGCUGCUGUGCUGGGAGGACAGCUUCGGGCACUGGCUGCACGAGUAGCGCUGCCGACCCUGCCCCGCCCUGCGCCUGCCUGCAGGUGGGCCGGCUUCUGGGGCCCUGUGCACCCGCCCUACAGAGGGGCAGCCUCCGAGCGCGCAGGCCGCAUAUGGGCUUGGAGCAAAGCUCACAGGGCACCCCUGGUACACAGCCCCUUCCUAAUAAACUGCAGAAAACCUGUGUACUGUAAGCUGAUCUCAGGACGCGGAGGUACGGUGUUCAGACGUUUAUUACAUACAGGGCAGAUAUGUGGGUUCACUUGCAGGGCCAAAGCCUGAGGAGAAUUGCACCCGGCCCCUUCCUCCAGCUGCACCCACCCAACUAACCCCAGUCACUUCAUGCUCCUGUAGGAACAGACAA